UGUAGGUGAAGUUUUCGACAUUUUCCUCGCGUUGGCUAAUUUCUUAUCUUUCAGUUUAUUCAUUUGCUCAUAAAUGUGCCAAGAGGAGCUGGCAGGAUGACGGACUCUUGUCAAAUGGACCAGGACCUCAUGGAAGAUGUCAACAGUUUAUGGUCAGAAGGCAGCAGCAGCAGCAGCAGCCUCUGUGACUCACAGCUGACUCAGCCCAGCAACUCGGAAGAGAGAGAACAUCUGAAGGUCUACCUCCGCAUCCGACCUUUCACGGCGGUCGAGGCCCAGAACGGAGAGUCGCAGGACUGCGUGUCCGUGCAGCCUCCGGACACGGUCCUGCUGAGGCCUCCCGGCGCGCCGCUGUCGGCUCGCCUCGACUCCGACAAAGCGGACAAAUCCUUCCUGCGUACUGCUCAGCGCUUCCACUUCUCUCAGGUGUACGGUCCAGACACCACACAGAGAGAAUUGUUCCAAGGAACGGUCAAGGAUCUGGUGAAAGAUGUUCUCCACGGAGGGAAUUCUCUGGUCUUCACAUACGGAGUUACCAAUGCCGGGAAAACCUUCACAUUUUUGGGUCCGGAUGCCGACGCCGGCGUUCUGCCCAGGUCCCUGGACGUGAUCUUCAGCAGCAUGGAGGAGAAGGUGUUGACCGGCAUGAGCAUCAAACCUCAACGCUGCCGAGAGUUUGUCAAGCUGAGUGAGAAGCAGCAGGCUGAGGAGGCCGCCUUCAAGAGCAACCUGCUGCGACACUUCAAAGAUAGUGAGAAGGCCAAGAGCAGCAUGUGGAGCUCUAGCAGGAGGAUGCUCCUUGAAGGCUCAUCGCCGCUCCAAGAGACUACACAAGACCGACUGAGUCUCCAGGUGGAAACUGACACCAAAUUCUCAGUUUGGGUCUCCUUCUGCGAGAUCUACAACGAGAACAUCCACGACCUCCUGGAGGCCUCGCCCGGCGGAGCGGCGAAGAGGACAGCCCUUCGCCUUUCUCAGGACGUGAAGGGCAGCGCCUUCGUCAAAGAUCUGCGCUGGGUGCAGGUGGACAGCACGGAUGAGGCCUACCAAGUCAUGAAGCUGGGCAAAAAGAACCAAAGCUUCUCCUCCACUAGGAACAACCAGCUCUCCAGCAGGAGUCACAGCAUCUUUUCCAUUCGCCUUCUGAGGAUUAAGGAUACCCAGUCUCCCCGAGUGGUCGCUGUCAGCGAGCUGUGUCUAUGCGACCUGGCCGGUUCGGAACGCUGCGCCAAGACUCUCAACCGAGGAGAACGCCUAAAAGAGGCCGGAAACAUCAACACGUCGCUGCUCAUCCUAGGAAAAUGCAUCAACGGGCUCAGACACAACCAGCGCGCCAAGUCAGUGCCAGUGCUGCCGCAGCACGUGCCUUUCCGGGAGAGCAAACUGACGCGCUACCUGCAGGCCUUCUUCUGCGGCCGAGGCAAAGUUUGCAUGCUGGUCAACGUCAACCGGUGCGCCUCCGCGUACGACGAGACGCUCCACGUCCUCAAGUUCUCGGCCGUGGCGCAGAAGGUGGUGCUCGUGCCCAGCAGCGCUCCUCCCGUCCCGCCGCAGAAGUCGUCCCGCCCUAACGAAGGCGCCAGCGAGACUCGGCGAGACUCUCCGGUCGGUUGGGAGCGCGGCCUGGAGGACCCGCGGGAGGUGGAGGAUGAAGAAAAGAUGUCAAUAGAGGACGCCGUGUAUCAAAGUGAGGAGGAAGAUGUCGCAGAAAAUGAGGAUGAAAUGAUCUUCAGUAAUAUGACACACCAGCAGGUGGCGCUCUUGAGAAGUCUUCAGACGGCGCUGAAGAAGGAGCGAGCGGACGGCAUGCUGGUGGAAGCUCGCCUCCGAGAGGACAUCAGCAGAGAGUUCGGCGACAUCUUCGCCGAGAUGCAGAACGACUUUGCGGAGCGGCUGGCCAGAGAGAGGGAACUCUUGGAGCAGCGAGCUGAAAAACGUCUGGAGAUAUUCAAGAAGAUGACGGACAAGAUGGCCGCCUGCAGAGACGCUCAGGAGGCGCAGAGCGAGCUCACAUCUCGGGCGCCCUCCUCGUCUCGGCCUCAACUUUCCGAGUCUGCGGGCGAGCUCCAGAGCAAUGCUGUGAAACUGGGUGAGAGCAGUAGAGCGGAGGAGGAGAAAACGAGGCUUGUGGCUGAGCUUCAGGAGAAGUGUUCAGCUCUGCUUCAGCUAGAGAAGCGCCUGGCCGACAUGCGGGCGGAGGCAGAACGGACUUCGGAGGAGCACGCCUCCCUCCGGGGGGAGACGAAGCAGCUGCGGGAGGCGCUGGCCUCCCUCCGUGAGGAGCGAGCAGCCCAGGAGGACGUCGUCGUCGCUCGAGAAAGGAAGGCCCGAAAGACGGAGAAGGCCCUGCAGGAGGUCAGCGAAUCCAGGGGGGAGGCCACCGCCUCUGUCCAGGACUCGCAGCUCCGCGAGCAGGAAGCGCCGGCGGCCUCGGGGGAGGCCGAGGAAGCGCCAGCCGGAGUCACGGCUCGGGCCAAAGGAGAUGCUGAGAAGAGAAGCGGUGACGAGGCGCUGGACCGGGAGAGGAGCAGGAACGAGGAGGUCGGCAGGCUGCUCCAGGAGGUCCGGACACUAACUGCUACAUUGGAAGCGUCGCAAAAUAAGGUCUCCAGUGAGACUCUGAGAGCAGAACAAGCCUCCGCUCAGCUGCGAGCCGCCCAGGAACAACUCCGGCAGACGUCGGCCCAGAUCUCCGUCCUCCGUCGGGACCCGCGGACCGCAGAGGCGUCCGCCGCCCUCAGCGAGCAGCUCGGCACAGAAAGGCCCCGAGAAAGCACGCGACGCGAGAGCCAGACGUCGGAUCUCGUGCGUGUCAAAGAAGAUCCGGCCCACGAGAAGAUCUCGCUGGAGCGGCCGCAGGAGGACCUCGACCUCCGCCAGGCGACGGACGGCCCUCGAGCGCAAGAGCUCCGACGACAAAGUCGGCUGGUCCGAGAGCUCCGUGAGAAGCUGCGACGACAACAGGAAGCGUCUGAGAAGCAGCUGAAGGAAUUCUGCCACAAACUGCGUGAACGGGAAGCCUCGUGCGACCGUCUCCGGCAGAAGCUUGCCGAGCGAGAGCUCACAACAGAGCGGCUGAAGACCAAAUUACAGGAAGCGAGCUCCAGAAGAGCUGCGGCCGAAGAAGACCAAGCCCUUUGGGCUGAAGUCGCGUCCUCGAAGGAAAAUGAGGAGACACGAGGUCUAAGUCAGCUGCAAAAAGAUAAGGAGGCCCAGACGGAGGAGCUCCGGCGGCUGACCGCUACGUUGCAAGCAUCACAGCCGCAGGAGGCGGCGACGGCCCGGUCCAGCACGGCCGAGCUGGAGAGCGGGCUGCGGGAGCGGGAGGCGCAGAUCGCAGCUCUGCAGAAGAAGCUGCAGGAGCGGCGCGGGGACGGCGACGAGCAGGCCCUCCGGGAGUGUCGGCGAACGGAGGCCGAGCGGCGCCGGGAGCUGCUGGCCGUGGCGCACGAGGCCAUCGAGCAGAAGGACGCCGAGCUGGAGAAGAGAGCCCUCGAGAUCACCAAACUGAAGGAACUUGCAAAGCAGGACUCGGACAAAGUGAAGCGUCUCGGUGUGGAUCUGGAGCGGAAGGAAGAGGACUCUUCGGACCUCAGAGAAAAGCUGGCCGACUACAAGAAGCAGAUCCAGCAGGUCCACAAAGAUAUCUCCACCAUGAAAGAAGAAGAGAAGCUGUUGACACGGAAGCUGUCGGAUGUGGAGAAGGUGAAGAAGCAGCUUCAGUUCGACCUCACAAACAGAGACAGAACUAUCCAACAACUCAAAGCGGAGCAGCCAGCGGAGAAGAAGCGCGACGAGAUGCUGCAGCUGUAUCACCAAGCUUGUCAAGAUCUGGAGGCCAAGCGGCGGCUGGUGGACGACAUGCGCUCGGCUCUCCUGGAGCAGGAGGAGACUCAGGAGCAGAUGGAGCACAUGCUGGAUGAGAAAGUAGAGCUCAUUCAGGAGCUCACCAACGAGGUGGAGCAAAUGAAGGAGAUGCUGGGGCAGCUAAACGGCGGAGGCGGCGCGGACGCCUCGUCGCGCGACCUCCAGCCGGCCAAACGGGACGCUGCUCGCGCUCGGCGCAGCCUCGAGCCGCUUGAAGAGAAACAGCUGACGGAACGUCACAAGUGGCAGGAGGACAAGAUGGCUCUGAUCGGUCAGCUCAAGGAGGCGGAGGACAAACGCAACCAGGAAGUGAAAAGGUUUGCGAAGGACCGAGAGCGAUACCUGGCCCGGCAGGCCGAGCUGAACCUGGCGCCACAGUCCGUUUUAAAAAGUUCAGCGCGGCGCCGGGAAAGCCCGAAAGCGCUCCGCCGGUCGCCGUCAUCUUGCCGACGUUUUGUCCAGGAGGCCGAGCUGCGCGUCAAGGAGCAGACCGUGGCGAGCUGGAGGACGGAACGAGACGCUCUGGUCGGCGCCCUGGAGGUGCAGCUUCGCAAGCUUCUCGCCAGCCAGGCCGACAAAGACGAAGUCAUCCGGCGGCUGCGCCGCAACAGCACACGGUUGCCACCGGAGGGCGGCGUGGCGGGGAGAGAAGGUCACGCGGCGUCGGUCAAAGGGGAGACGGAGGACGCCGAGGGCCGAGAGCGGGAGCCCGACGCCCAGGACUCCUCGGGCGGCCCCUCGGUGCUGGAAUCGUCUCAGAUCUCCACGGAGAACGGGCGCGCCGAACGCUUCCCGCAGCCGGAGCUGGAGAUUUCCUUCAGCCCGCUGCGGCCCGACCGGGUGGCGCUGCGACGCCCGGGCGAGCCCGGCGCCGUCACCGUCAAGAUCACGCGAUCGGCCCGCAAGAGGACGAGCGCCGAGAUGGACGAGGAUAAAGUGGAGGCGGCGAAUCGAAGAAACGCCAAAGUGGUGCCGACACUCAGCGAGCGCAAAGAGGAGACGUCCCGUCCGUCGGCGUCUCCCGGGACCGCCGGCGUCCGCGGCCGAAAAGAAGGAACGCUGCAGAAGAUCGGCGAUUUCCUACAAAGUUCGCCCACGCUGAUCGGGUGCAAAGCAGCCAAGAAGGUGAUGAGCCUGAUGAGCGGCGUGCACUCGAGCGCCUCGUCGUCCGUCGGCCUGACAAGCGAGAAGAGCAAAAGGAAGUUGCCGAGCGCUGACAUCUGCUCCCCCGCGGACGGGCCCCGGCACACGGUGGUCAGUAACAACGUGGUCGCCGAGGACAAACGAAGCGAACGCCUCGUCGUCAAAAGACGACUUCGCUCCAGAAUUGCCAAAUGAUCCCGUCCGUCAACACGCACGCACGCACGCACGGUUGGAGCGAGACGAAGCAAAUUAGCUUUGCCUCUUUGAAAUGCACUUUCUAUUUGAUCACUGUCACACUGCUAACGCUAGCUAGCGUAUUUGAAUGUCCAUGUGCAAUUUGGGGGGGCGGGGGCGGGGCUUCGCUUGUUUUAGCGGCUUCGCAACGCUAACUGGGUUACCGGUUGUAGGUUUCACAUCACUGAAUCGUCUUCACAUCCACCAAGAACACUUGUUUGAUGAGUAAAAUGUUCGGAUGCUUCAAAGGCCAUCACAUCACUCGCGCCCUCCUCUGCAACACGGCUGCUUUUGUGUGCUGCGCAGCGAUCACAGUGAGUUUGGCGUGGCCAUCGAAAGACCCUGCAAAUCAAUAAAUCCGCCAACGAUGGAAGCAAAAUGAGUUUGGAUCCUUCAAACGAGCCUGCGCACCGACCGGAUCUCUGCAAAUCGGGCACCUGCGGAUUUACCUGUUUUUUCCUUUUUUAACUUGAACAGUUUUUCCACCUACAAACAUGUAGUUGUCCUACUGGUAAGGACCAAGUUGACUAGUAUUUGGAACUGAGCCAGGGCACUACUAGUGUGUGACACAUGCCUGCUAAUUGGGCCUAGUAGUGGAGCACAUGAUGUAGUUUACUGGUCAGGUUUAAUUGCAUAUGAUGACUUUGUGGUCGGUUCCAGUGACAAGUGACCCGUUCUCAAAGCAAUACAACUCAUUACGUUGGAAUGACUUUUCUUCAUAUUGAAAGAAGACAUCAUCAGGACACUUGGAUGUUUCCUGGGAAAAAGGUGGACCCCAACUAUUCAUCAUCAUUUUGGAAUCAAACCUGGAGUAUGGAUGUACUUUUUGUUUAAGAAGUCUUUUUCACCCUAGUCACAACUCGGGCAGAUGACACAAUGCCGGUUAAACCCGUCAGCUCCUCGAACAUCUUGCUGGAUUUUCAUCGCUUUAUUUUGGGGGGGAUAUUUAGUGAAUGCCCGAUGGCCAAUUUCCCACGCCGGCCCACUUGGUGGCGCACCAAAGAUGGCGUCGCGGAAGUGACGCAUUUUACCGAGCUAUAGGCGGAGCGCGGCCCUUUGUCUUGUGUAAAAAGCUCACUUUAAACGAAUACGGUAGUUGCCCGAGUCACAUUUGAAGGGGCCCAGCGAGGUGCCUGACACAAAAUGCACAUACCGAACAAUGCGUGCACAAACACGGCAAUAACCGUAAUUUCUCAUGUAUAGGGCGCAUCCCCCCCCCCCACAAAAAAAUUGUCAAACGUCAAUAGUGCGCAUUACACAUAGGAGAAAAUGAAAGACUUUCACAUUUUAUAAAUGUAUGCCGCCAUCUAGAGGUUGUAGGUUGUAAAGACGUACACUUUAGUUCCAAUAUGUCACCGCCCCCUAGAGGUUAUGAGAGAGGUGCAGCCUACACUUUCAUUCCAAUAUGACAGCGGUACGUAUGACUCCGUACAUAUAUGUACAGUUGCGCUCAUAAGUUUACCCUGGCUGAAUAUGUGUAAUAUUAUUUGUUUAAAGUACGACUGAUGACUGAACAACCGCCAUCAUUAAUCUCUUUAUGGUUUUGUUGAAUGAGAAUCCUUAUCGGAAAUGCUUGACAGUUUAAUUUGAAUCGCAUUCAAAUAAAAUGUGUUUUGCCUGGCCCUUCACGUUUUCUUCAAAGAAUUGUACCCAUCUUACAAAUUCUGCCCGGGUCAUCAAACAUGAGCGCAACGGUGUGUUUUCUCAUUUACUAAAUAAAAGUAGGGCUGUGAAUUUCAAAAUAAGAGCAAGUAAAUAAAA